GUGUAUCUAUCUAUAUAUAUACCUUGUUGUUUCAUCAAGAUGCUGUACAAAACCCUUUUUGAAGUCUUUGAAGACUGUGAUCAUGGCUAAUUUGCUGACACUGCUUUUUUAUGUGGAGAUGAUAGUGGCGAGUGGUUUCAGUUUGGGAGCAAGUGGCUUGAACAUGAACUACUACUUGUUGAGUUGCCCUUUGGCUGACCUUAUUGUUAAGAACACAGUCAACAGAGCUCUGCAGAAUGAUCCCACUCUAGCAGCAGGGCUUGUUAGAAUGCACUUCCAUGACUGUUUCAUAGAGGGAUGUGAUGGUUCAGUUCUGAUCGACUCCACUAAGGACAACACAGCAGAAAAAGAUUCACCAGCAAAUUUGAGCUUGAGGGGCUAUGAAGUAAUAGACGAUAUCAAGGAAGCGCUAGAAAAUCAAUGCCCAGGAGUCGUUUCAUGUGCUGACAUUCUUGCUAUGGCUGCUAGAGAUGCAGUUUUCUUUGCAGGGGGUCCUGUGUAUGACAUACCAAAAGGUAGGAAGGAUGGAACAAGGUCCAAAAUUGAGGAUACCAUCAAUCUUCCUGCACCCAUUUUCAAUGCUUCUCAGCUCAUCAAGGUGUUUGGGCAACGCGGGUUUUCAGCAAAAGACAUGGUGGCUCUCUCAGGAGCUCACACAUUAGGAGUGGCAAGGUGUUCUUCGUUUAAGCAGAGACUUACCCCACUGGAUCCAUCUUUGGACUCACAAUUUGCGAAGACGCUCUCCAAGACAUGCAGUGCUGGUGACAGUGCAGAGCAACCCUUUGACUCCACCAGGAACGAUUUCGACAACCUAUACUUCAACGCUCUGGUCUCAAACAACGGUGUUCUCACAUCAGACCAAACGUUGUACACUACCCCACAAACCAGGAACAUUGUGAACUCUUAUGCAAUGAACCAAGCCUUGUUCUUCUUGGAUUUUCAACAGGCGAUGGUGAAGAUGAGCAAGCUCGAUGUCAAAGAAGGGUCCAAAGCGGAAGUUCGAAAAAAUUGCCAUAAAAUAAACUGAACUUUUGUUGUGGGGGCUUUGGUUGCAUGUGUUUUGAAGUUCCAUGUCGCUAAAAAUAAGGUCACCUUAUAAGCUGGUUAUAAAUGGGUUGAAUUAGACUUAAAUCCACUUCUUACCGAUAACAUAGAAUGGGAAAUGUGUCAUGUUCAGUUGAUUUGAGAAACUAAGAGAAUUUGUCAUUCAUUGGUGAAACAUGAAGUUGAUGGUUCUUUAAUCACGAA